AUGGAUUCAGAAAAACAUCAUGAGCAAAGUUGUUAAAGACUAAAUAGGAAAAGUCAUACUUUUGGACCUUGUGCUAGCAUAGGAUAAUUAGAAGCUAAACAAUUAUAAGAUGAAUCUAAGAAGAAAUUCACUGUUUCUUUUAAAUAAAAUGAUGAUGUUAUUAUCGUUGAAAAUUGGAAAAUAUAUAAUGUUGAUGUUAGCAAUCCAAAUUUUCAAAUUUAAUCAAACAAUAAAUCUAAUACUGGAUGUUGGAAUAUCUGCACUACUUUUUGA